UCUCUUUCCGGUUCGAGUUAAGCAGCCAUCUUGUUCCCUUUGGUUGCUAAAUAAAAUAAAUAAUACGUUGAGCCGGACUUCAGUUCGAACCCGAAAAAGAAAAAAAUUAGAAGAUGUCUGGAGAUGCAUUUGGGUCUGGAACCACCGAUGCCCAGCAAACCUUGCAGACCUUCUGGCCUCGUGUCAUGGAGGAGAUCAGGAACCUGACUAUGAAGGACUUCCGUGUGCAGGAACUGCCUCUGGCUCGAAUCAAGAAAAUCAUGAAGUUGGAUGAGGAUGUCAAGAUGAUCAGCGCAGAAGCUCCAGUCCUGUUUGCCAAAGCUGCUCAGAUCUUUAUCACAGAGCUCACCCUCAGAGCAUGGAUUCACACUGAGGACAACAAGAGACGUACACUACAGAGGAAUGACAUUGCCAUGGCGAUAACAAAGUUUGACCAGUUUGACUUCCUGAUUGACAUCGUGCCUCGGGACGACUUAAAGCCACCUAAACGACAGGAGGAGAUGCGUCAGUCAGUUGCUCCUGCAGAGCCGGUGCAGUACUACUUCACCUUGGCCCAACAGCCUGGCGCCGUACAGGUGCAAGGCACACAGCAGGGUCAGCAGCCCGYCACACAGACCGCCACCACCAUCCAGCCUGGACAGAUCAUCAUCACACAGCCGCAGCAAGGACAGAUGUUGCAAGGUGCCACCAUGCAGCAGUUACAGCAAGUGCAAGUGCAAUCACAAGGCACACCCAUCACGAGUGCACCCGUCGCCAUGCAGGUGGGUGAAGGCCAGCAAGUUCAGAUUGUCCAGGCUGCAGCGGCCCAGGGUCAAGCUCAAACUGCGCAAGCUCAAGGCCAGACCAUGCAGGUCAUGCAGCAGAUCAUUACCAACACGGGAGAGAUACAGCAGAUCCCGGUGCAGCUAAAUACAGGCCAGCUACAAUACAUCCGACUAGCUCAGCCUGUCUCCGGAGCACAAGUUGUGCAGGGACAAAUUCAGACUCUUGCAAACACUCAGCAGAUCACACAGACCGAGGUGCAGCAAGGACAGCAGCAGUUCAACCAGUUUACUGACGGACAGCAGUUGUAUCAAAUACAACAGGUGACGAUGCCAGCAGGGCAGGAACUGACCCAACCGAUGUUUAUCCAAUCCACCAACCAGACCGCUGAUGCACAGGUCACGCAGGUCAGCACCGACUGAGCCUGACCAGGAAACGGCACACGUACAACACUCACACCAGCCAAUGUGACGCCAACAGAUGCCGCCAGCGUCAACAAGGAAUGCUUGAUGUCUUGAUAUUUGAGCAUCGCCUGUUGAGAUGAGGGACCUGAAAUCGUGCAACACUCAUGUUUUGUAAUAAUUUUAGUACACCGAUUGAAAAACCAAAGGGACACAGUUAGACUCUUGCUAAAUCUAAAAGAAACUGCAUCCACACUUAGUUUACUUUUUUGUAUUUUUUAUACCUUAGAGUGAAAUUGCGCACACACUUCCAUAAUCCUUUUAAGCAGUUUGUAUAUAGAUUAAAGGCUUCGGUAUGAUUUCCGUAUCCUUUUUGAAAAUGAGAGCUGUGUGACCUGAGUUGGACACAUUUUUACCUGUGAGCGUCUUUUAAUUCCCUCCGUGGCCGACAGGAUUCAGCCCAGGCCUUUGUGGCCAUGUGAAACACGCAUGUGUGCUCCAUGAGAAACUUCCCGUUCAGAAGGGUGCAGCUGAUCCAGAAACUCAUGCUUAUCAGAAAGAUCUUCAUGAAACUACGCAGAAGCUAACUUCUGCAUGUUAUAACCUCUUCCUGUCAUGACACGUCCUGUCGUUAAAGAUCUAAAACCGAUAGGAAAGUGUUGCUGUAUUUGUGGCACCUUAAUUUAUGCUUCUUACAAAAAACUGGGAAAAUGUUUGUUCAUAUUUUUGAUUGGAAAAACCUUUUGUCUUCUUGAACCAAUGUAUCAUACUUUAUUUGUUGUUUAUUGACAAGUAGUUAGAUGAAAUGAAGCCAUAUACCUCAGAUAAGGUUUGAUGAAAACGUUUCAUGUACUUUUCUUYGUUGUGAUGUUUCCUACAUUUAUAAUGAAGCAUGAGUUUGUGUUGUAAGGGCUUCAAACUGAAUAGGCUGUGURUUUGUGUGUGUGUUUGUGUGUGAGUGUGCGCGUGGUUUGAGCACUUACACUCGUCUUAAUGCUUCCAUUUGUCUAUUCACCCUGUCUGUAGAGCAGAAAACGUCUCUGCUUCUAUGCAUUUUUACUAAGUCCCCUCCGCCUGGGAGGUUUAGAGUCUUGUGCCCUGGUUUACGUCUCCUGUAUAAACAUGUGACUCCAUCUGGAGUAAAAAAAAAAAAAAAAAAAACACAAAAUGAUUUUCCUUUUUGCAAUGGCAUCAAUACAUUUUUUUACAUUGAAGAUCCUCAGUGUUUUUAUUGUUGAUUUUGCAUGUAGUUCAAGUCGACAGCAUGAUUUGCGAUAGAUAGGUACAUUUGUAAUUUCAAUGCUCCUUUUUGUAAAACAAUUCUGUUUGUGGAAAAAAAAACUAUUAAAAAACAGAACUUGUGUAAGAGGAA